AUGGAGGCGCGCCGCGCGGGCCCGCCACGAGCCAGGGCCUGGCGCCCUGGCGGGGCGCGGCCCCGCGGCAGCGCACUGCCCGCGCUCGAGCGGCUCGGCCGGGGCUCGACGGCGACGCGCCGCUGGGCCGUGGGCGACGGCGCGGCGCUGAAGCUCGAGGAGAUCGGCGGCCACGCGCUCCGCAGGGACAUCCGCGACUCGCACCGGCGGCGGCUCUGGCGCGAGGGCGCGGCCCGCGACGAGGACCUCGAGCACGCGUCCAGCGGCGCGGCCAUCCGCGGCCUCCGACGGCGGCUGCUCGCAGCCAAGGCGGGCCCCGAGCAGCGGGCGCGGUGGUCCAGCGCCAACAACGCGGCUCUCGGCGCCGCCCUCGCAGCGGAGCGGCGCGACGCCAUCGCGGGCGACGAGGUGCCACAGGCGUUUGCUGACGUGGCCGCGGAGUCCGACAGCGAGGACGCCCGCUACUCGAGGGCCCUCAUCCCCGACCUGGCGGCAGCCCUCCCACCGCCGCUGACGACCAAGGAGGUCCAGUGGAGCAGCGGCCACGGCUACGCGGCCCUGGCGGGCGCCAGCAUCCUGUGCACCGACGGCUCGGCGAUGCGCGGCAAGGCGGGGUCGCCCGAGGUGCGCGCUGGGUGGGGGCUCACGGCGCUGCAGACCCGCGGCGCGGAUGGCAUCCUCGAUCUCAGAACGGACCGCAAGCUGCUCGUAACGGGAUUCGCCGCUGGCAGAGCAUGGUGCUGUGCGUGGGACCACCCGUACCUGGAGGUGCGGCGCGAAUUCUGGCAGGCCGUGGACGACUUCGGCGGCCAGCUGAGCGUGCGGGUCAGCAAAAUGAAGGGGCACGCCACGGCCCGCUCGGUCCGCGACGGCCACACCACGAUGGACGACUACGAGGGCAACCGCGCCGCGGACGGUUUCGCCAAGACGGGCGCCGAGCUCCACCCCACGUGCGAGGCGGCCGCGAGGCGCAUCAAGCUGGCCGACGCGAUCGCCGUUGCGACGGUCCGCUGGCUCGGCGAAGCGCUGCAGAUGGGGAGCGCCGCCUUCACGGCGGCCGACGGCGCGGACGCGGGCGUGGCGGAGCCGACCUGCUGCGGGCACGGGUGCGGACGGCGGGGCGCCGCGCGCUGCCGCGACGGCGGGACGCACGGCGGUCUCGCUCGCGAGCGGGACGCGCUGGCUCUGCAACACAUGCGCUGGCCGUUCGGGCAGCGCGCCCGUCCACGGUGGACCACCUGGGCAGCGGGCAACGGGGCGGAAGCGCAAGGCGCCGACGGCGCGGGAGCGGCCGCCGCGGGCGCGGUGGCAGCCGCGGUGCUGGCGGCACAGGCCCGCGGAGGUGCCCAACACGACGGCAGCGACGCAGAUGAGAGCGGCGAGGCAGCGGGGGCCGAGGCCGCAGGCGACUGCCCGCGAUGGUGGAACGUGCACUUCGACGAGUCGCACCACCUCUGGGCGAUCGGCGAGGGGCAGCGGCGCCUCGUCUUCUGCGCGGUCUGCGGCUGCUACGCCGACGGGGCGCGCGUGGUCUCGCUCCGCGGCAGGUGCGCGGGGGGCGCCAGCGCCCGCCAGGAAACUGCGUUGAGGAGGAUGCGGCAGGGGAGGCACCCCACGCGGGGAGGCGCGGGCGCCGAGCUCGGGGGCGGACGGUCCGAGCCGCUGAGCCGCCCGCGUAGCCGCUCGCGGGGGCGCGGCUCGGAGGCGAGGGGCCCGAGCCGCUGA